UGAGUGAUCUCUCCCUGUCCUUAUCUCGACCUGCAAGCGCUUUGUUAUGCCUUUUCUCCCCUGUUUGGUGAAUGAGGGGAGUGAGAGAGCAGCUCUGGUGGGCACCUGGCCUCCAGCCAGGGUCAACCCACCACAGGGUGUGUUGGUUUUUUUAUGUACAUAGUGUGUUUCAGGAAACUGUAUAUUUGCAGUGUUAUGCAAAAUGUUACUGAUGAAUUUAGAUUAUUAUACCAUUGAUGUUCCCUCCAGCCAGUCAUGAACUUUUGGCUUGGGCAAAUGCUUUCCAAAACCAGUUAACAUAGAAUUAAUAUGCUAUUAUUAAUAUGUUUUGUGAACCUAGGAAGGUGUAAGUAAAAUCUAGGGACUGAAAAGGAGGGCAGUAAACACGGAGUUGAGUUCUUCUCUGUGGUGCCCAGUGACAGGAUGACAGGCAGUGGGUACAAAUUGAAAUACAGGAAAUGCAAUUUAAACACAAGAAUGCUUUUUUUUUUUUUACUGUGAGAGUGGUCAAACACUGGACUAAGUUGUCUGGGAAGCUUGUGGAAUGUCUGUCCUUGGAGGUAUUCAAAAACUGUCUGGAAAAGGCCCUGUGUAACUUAACCUGUAUAAUUUGACCCUGCUUUGAGGGACUAGAUGAUCUCCAAAAGUACUUUUGAACUUAUUCUAUAUGGUAUUUUUCAAUAAUAAUAUUAAAACUGCAGAAAGAAUGUUUAUUUGAGGACAUCCAGGAAGACCAACAAAACACAGGAAAUGGUGAACAGCUAUAUGAAUGUCCAAUGUGCAGUCUUACCUGUGCAAACAUUCAGAUUCUUGAAGAACAUGUGGAUUUGCACUUAGAGGAACAUAGCUUUGUGGAAGGUGGAAACAUAAGAGAUCUAGAACUGGCUCAACGGCUCCAAAUUGAAGAAGAUAAACAGCAGAGAUCAGAAGAGAGGCGGGAGAGGGAAGAAUUCAAAAAGCUGCAGAGACAAUAUGGCUUGGAUAAUUCUGGAGGCUACAAGCAGCAAUUUCUAAAGAAUAUGGAAAGGGAAGUUGACAGAGGAAGGAUGCAGCCUUUUGAAUAUCACAAGAGAAAAACUGACAUGAUGGAAUGUUUAGCUUUUGGUAUAGAUGAUGGGAAAACAAAGACCUCAGGGGUCAUCGAAGCAUUGUGCAAGUACUAUCAGAACGAAAACAAAGACGUGAGGCAUGUAUGGCUUUCAACAGGAGUAGACCACUUCCACUCAUCUUUAGGCGACAGAGGCUGGGGUUGUGGUUACAGGAAUUUCCAAAUGAUCCUUUCCUCACUGUUGCAAAACAGCUUGUAUAAUGACUGCUUGAGAGAUACUACACUAAUUCCUAGUAUACCAAAGAUUCAGUCCAUGAUUGAAGAUGCCUGGAGAGAAGGCUUUGAUCCUCAUGGGGCAUCUCACUUCAACAACAGAUUACAUGGUUCCAAAGCAUGGAUAGGAGCAUGUGAAAUUUAUUCACUGUUAACCAGUCUCAGGAUAAAGUGUCAAAUCAUUGACUUCCACAAACCAACUGGCCCUAUGGGUACACACCCUUGUUUAUUUGAGUGGGUUUUACGUUACUAUUCUACAGACAAUGAAGGUGGUGCAAAGGUAGUGUGUACUUCCAAACCACCUAUCUACUUGCAACAUCAAGGUCAUAGUCGUACUGUUGUUGGAAUAGAAGAGAAGAAGAAUAAAACCUUAUGUUUGCUUCUGUUUGACCCGGGAUGUCCAUCCCAAGAAAUGCAGAAACUCCUGAAACAAAACAGUGAUGGUACUAGUCUUAAACUACUUCGGAAAUUUGUGGGUAGCUUAAAAGACAAGCAAUACCAGAUAGUGGCUGUAGAUGGCGUACUCUCAUUGGAAGAGAAAGCUGCUCGUUGCCACGCUUCUCAGGUCUUAACAUCAGAGAAGAUUCCUUAAAGGAUGCCUUUUUUUAUCUCCUUCUGGAAUUCACUGGAUGCAAAACAUUAAACUUCUGGACUGUGACCCUAACUCAACAAUUUCUACACUUAAACUAUGUCUCCAUAAAUGCUUGGGGGCUCUGGAGAAGCACAACACUGGAGUAAACCUGUAGUUUUGAUCUUCAAUCAAAACUCUGCCUUCCUGAUGAGUCUGUAACUCUGAAGUAUUACAGGCUUUGUCUUACUAGAAAAUUUGGUAUUUUCUUAGUUGCUUAAAUUACAAAGCAGCACCUACCAUCCUGUAGCAAACUAUGCACCAUAGUUAACUGUCAAUAAGCAGUGGAUAAACUGCUUUAUUGGAGUGCCUGGUCAUGGUUUACCUCUGUAAAUAUGUUUGUGGUGCCUCUGUGGCCAGUGCUCUGUUUCUUACCAAAUUUGUUCAACAAAUAUUUAUUAUGCCUCAGCAAAUUCUCCUGCAACUAUUUGCGAAGUAGAUAGACAGUUCAGUGAUUUCUGUCUGUUCCACCAGGGAUUAAUUUACUUCUUUACUUCUUUAGUGAACUACUUUUCAGUUAGCUGGCUUCUAUAGAUGUAUCACUUGUAAACGUGAACAUGUGUGCUUAUGAGGUGGGUCAGUGUUAGCAUUGGCUGUGAGGUCUAAGAUAGCGGUGUCCAAAGUGGGGUGCGUGUGCUCUAGGGGCUACCCAAGACAAUCCAUUGGGGUAUAGAAAGAAAAUACUUAUUUCGUAUCAUGAAUAAAUAAAAUACAAAAAUAUUUUAAAAUAGUGUUUAUUCUUUAUCUCAUCCUUUUAUUUCUAUUUUGGGGUACGUUUUAUAAUGUAUAGCCCCUAUGCCUCAGAGGCACCUCAAAAGGAGAUUUGAACUGUUGACUGCAUCGUGCAGGGUUAGUGCCAUUUAAGACACUGGAGCCAUCUCCUGAAACAAGGAUUUUGGGUGUUUGAGGCACCCUACGAUGUGUAAGACAUGUUACUCCGUGUGAAUGUAAGAGUCGUCCCUCUUCAGUGGGGUGGCUGGAGGCUGGGAUGGGUGGUCGAAUGUGUUGCAAAUAGCACUAUGUGUUGGGUUUGUGUGGCACGGUUUUGGUAGCGGGGGGGCUACAGGGGUGGCCUCUGUGAGAAGCUGCUAGAAGCUUCCCCUGUGUCUGACAGAGCCAAUGCCAGCCAGCUCCAAGAGGGACCCGCCGCUGGCCAAGGCCAAGCCAAUCAGCGCCUCUGUGAUAACAUAUUUAAGAAGGGAAAAAAAAACCAGUGCUUUUGCAGCCAGAGAGAGGAGUGAGAAGAUGUAAGAAACUCUGCAGACACCAAGGUCAGUGCAGAUGGAGGGGGAGGAGGAGCUCCAGGCGCCGGAGCAGAGAUCCCCCUGCAGCCCGUGGUGAAGGCCAUGGUGAAGCAGGCUGUCCCCCUGCAGCCCAUGGAGGAAGGAUGAGGGGGUGUAGCGAUUCCACCUGCAGCCCAUGGAGGACCCCACGCCGGAGCAGGUGGAGGCACCUGAAGGAGGCUGUGGCCUGUGGGAAGCCCACGCUGCAGCAAGCUCCUGGCAGGACCUGUGGAGAGAGGAGCCCACGCCAGGGCAGGUUUGCUGGCAGGACUUGUGACCCUGUGGGGGACCCAUGCUGGAGCAGUUUGCUCCUGAAGGUCUGCACCCUGUGGGAGAGACCCAUGCUGGAGCAGCUCCUGAAGGUCUGCAUCCCGUGGAAGGGACCCAGGCUGAAGAAGUUCGUGAAGGACUGUCUCCCGUGGGAGAGACUCCAUGCUGGAGCAGGGGAACGAUGAGAGGAGUCCUCCCCCUGAGGAUGAAGAAGCGGCAGAAACACCGUGUGAUGAACUGCCCGUAACCCCCACUCCCCGUCCCCCUGUGCCGCUGAGGGGGGAGGAGGUUGAAGCCGGGAGUGAAGUUGAGCCCGGGAAGAUGGGAGGGG